UGCGCAGUGUCGAUUAUGUUUGAGCUUCGCGCUUCUCCAAGGUGCAACGCAGUCAGAUUGAGAGAAACAUGGCUGCCGGCAGUCUAUGAAGUGAUCCGAGGUGUUCGUCAAUAAUUUGCAACUUAACCUAACGUGGUGGUGAAUUAUGAUAAAUAUAACCUAGAAGUGAUAAAUCUUCAUCAAAUUUAAAGGGGUUCUUAUAAAAUUAGCCAAAUUUAUAAUAAUUAUUGUGCAUUUCUUUGAACUUGAAUUAUAUAGUAACAAAAUGGCGUCAACUUAAUGAGAUCGGAAUUUUUUCGGAAUUGAAGUGAUUUAGGGGAUACUUUUCAAUUUUUUUUAUUUUCUAAAGUGAUGACAGAAUUUAUUAGUGACUUCUCUACAUAUUGUGAAAAGACUUUUGACUUGGUACAUUAAAUAUUCAAGAAAUCUUGUUUUUUCAGUUGAAGAGGCGAAGAAGUGAUCAUGUCGGAUUCAGGAUCUGGAUCUGAAGAUAGCAAGAGUGAUUCUUCUUCCAACAAUUCAGGAUCAGAAAGUGAUUCUGGCUCAUCUUCAUCGAGUGGCUCUGAAUCACAUCACUCUGGAAAUGAAGAAUCUAGUCAGGAAGAAGAAAGCCAAAAUUUGAACACAACUGGACAAACGUCUCCUAGUAGUUACGAUGGAAAGGAGUCUACUGAACCUGAUAGUACAACACAUGAUCUUGACAUUUCAAAAGACUCAGAUGAUGAAGAUGAUGACAUCAUUUUACGAAGAUCUUCAAGAUCUACCAGAGAAUCUACUAGAGAGAAAAGAAGUACUAAAAGGCAGUUUAAAUAUAAUGACGGUAGUACCUCAGAUUCUGAGGAAGAAAGAGAAAUACCUCCACCCAGUAAAAAAUUGGGAAGCCUCAGAUCUGCGCCGCAGAAGAAAAAUACUAGAAGCACCAGAAGUUCCAGAUAUAGUUCUGAGGAGUCUAGCAUGGAUACCGAUGAAGACACUAGGAGAACAGUAUCUAGGCGCAAAGCUGCUGCUGUCAGUUAUAAAGAGGAUAGUGAAGAAAAAACUGACUCUGAGGACUAUUUAGAAUUAGACACUACUGCUCAGGAAUCUUCAGAACCUGUUGUAGAAGAAAAAGUGGAGACUAUUGAAAAGAUAUUGGGAAUAAGGAAAGGCAAGAAAGGUGUUACUGGUAACAUCACGACUAUGUAUUAUAUAGAAGAAAAUGGGGAUCCCAAUGAAGGAGCUGAUGCUUUACCUGAAGAAGAGCUGGAAAUGCAAUAUUUGAUCAAAUGGAAAGACUGGGCCCACAUUCAUAAUACUUGGGAAUCAGAAAAUUCACUGAAAGAACAGAAAGUUAAAGGCAUCAAAAAAUUAGAAAAUUAUAUUAGGAAAGAAAGUGACAUUUCGCAUUGGAGAAGAUAUGCCACACCUGAAGAUGUUGAAUAUUAUGAAUGUCAAAGUGAACUCAAUCAAGAGUUGAACAAAAGUUACAAUGACGUGGAAAGAAUAAUAGCUAAAGCUCAAAAACCUGAAGGCGGUUUAGACUACUACAUAAAAUGGCAAAGUUUACCGUAUGCUGAUGCAACAUGGGAAGAUGCUGCCCUAAUUCUGCAGAAGUGGCCCAAAAAAAUCGAUGAAUUCGAGGAUAGAGAACAGUCGAAAAGAACACCAACCAGGCAUUGUAAAGUUUUGAGACACCGGCCAAAAUUUCAUGAAGUGAAAUCCCAGCCUGAAUAUAUGAUGGGAACUGAAAAGAAUUUAGUCCUGAGGGAUUAUCAGAUGGAUGGGCUCAAUUGGAUGAUCCAUGCUUGGGUUAAAGAGAACUCCGUAAUUCUUGCCGAUGAGAUGGGAUUGGGAAAAACUAUACAGGCUAUUUGUUUCUUAUAUUAUUUAUUCAACACCCAUCAACUCCAUGGUCCAUUUUUAUGUGUUGUUCCAUUGUCAACGAUGACAUCUUGGCAAAGAGAAUUUGUCCAGUGGGCCCCAGAAAUGAAUUUUGUCACUUAUUUGGGAGAUGUCAACUCCAGAGAUAGGAUUCGUCAAUAUGAGUGGUGUUAUGAAGGAUCUAAAAGGUUGAAAUUCAAUGCCAUACUUACCACAUAUGAAAUUGUAUUGAAGGACAAAGCUUUUCUUGGCAGUAUAAGUUGGGCUGUAUUGCUGGUUGAUGAGGCACAUCGACUCAAAAAUGAUGAUUCCCUAUUAUACAAAGCUCUAACUGAGUUUGACACAAACCAUCGUCUCCUAAUUACAGGAACACCCUUGCAGAACAGUUUGAAGGAGCUGUGGGCGCUAUUGCAUUUCAUCAUGCCUGAAAAAUUCGUCAGUUGGGAAGAGUUCGAAAAGGAACACGAAAAUACCGAAACUAAAGGCUACGGAAGACUUCAUGCACAACUAGAACCGUACAUAUUGCGUAGAGUGAAGAAAGAUGUGGAAAAAUCUCUUCCAGCUAAAGUGGAACAAAUUCUAAGGGUUGAGAUGACAUCCAUUCAGAAACAAUACUAUAAAUGGAUAUUAACAAAGAAUUACAACGCUUUGAGAAAAGGUGUCAAAGGCUCAUCUACCACCUUCUUGAACAUUGUUAUCGAACUGAAGAAAUGCUGCAAUCAUGCACUUCUUACUAAACCCACAGAAUAUGAGCACCAUUCAUCGCAACACGAUCAUUUACAGACACUUCUUCGGGGAUCUGGUAAAUUGGUAUUGCUGGAUAAAUUACUCAUCAGGUUGAAGGAAACGGGACACAGGGUGCUUAUUUUCUCACAGAUGGUCAGGAUGUUAGAUAUCCUUGGAGAGUACCUUCAGCUUCGACAUUUUCAGUUUCAAAGACUUGAUGGAGGUAUCAAAGGUGAGUUGAGACGUCAAGCGUUGGACCAUUUCAAUGCUGAAGGUUCGCAAGAUUUCUGCUUUUUACUCUCGACAAGGGCUGGAGGUCUUGGUAUCAAUUUAGCAACAGCCGAUACAGUUAUUAUAUUCGAUUCCGACUGGAAUCCCCAAAACGAUCUCCAAGCUCAAGCCAGGGCUCACAGAAUUGGUCAAAAAAAUCAGGUCAAUAUUUACCGAUUGGUCACUGCUAGAUCUGUGGAAGAGGAAAUUGUCGAAAGAGCCAAACAAAAAAUGGUGUUGGAUCAUUUGGUUAUACAACGAAUGGAUACAACAGGACGUACUGUUCUAGACAAAAAAGGUGGUAGUGCUAAUACAACACCUUUCAACAAAGAAGAUUUAACAGCUAUUCUGAAGUUCGGAGCUGAAGAAUUGUUCAAAGAUGAGGAUGAUGAGGAAGAACCCAACUGUGAUAUUGAUGAGAUUUUGAGAAGAGCAGAAACUAGAGAUGAAGCGCCAACAAUGGUAGGGGACGAGUUGCUUUCUGCAUUUAAAGUUGCUAGUUUUGCUGCGUUUGAUGAAGACACAGAACCUAGUCCUAUCACAACCGCAGCAGAUGAAGAGAGCAAGGAUUGGGAUGAAAUAAUUCCUGAAAAGAUGAGAAAGAAAGUUGAAGAAGAUGAAAAAUCUAAAGAGAUGGAGGAUCUCUAUCUACCACCAAGAUCUCGUAAAACGCUCCAACAAAUUAAUCAAUCUGAAAGCGAUGCAGAUGAAAGUAAAUCAAGAAGAAAGAGAAAGAAAGAUGAAGAAGGAUCGGGAUCAAGCGGCGAAGAAGAGAGUGAUGAUGAAAGACCAAGGAAACGCGGUCGACCGCCGACAACAUCGAAGGAAAAAAUCAAAAAUUUCACGGAUGCAGAAGUUAGAAGAUUCGUCAAAAGUUAUAAAAAGUUCAGCGCUCCUCUUAAACGUUUGGAAGCUGUAGCAUGCGACGCCGAGUUGCAAGAAAAACCACUUGCUGAACUGCGUAAAUUAGGUGAAUUAUUGCACGAAAGAUGUCGCACGUAUAUGUGUGAGCAGGCAAAGGAAAAUAACAGUACAGGAACAGAUGAGGAUGGUAAAGGGAAAAAGAGGAAUAGAGGCCCAUCUUUUAAGUUGGGUGGGGUUUCUAUAAAUGCUAAAACAAUGUUGCAAUGUGAAGAAGAACUUCAACCUUUGGAUGAAGUACUUCCAUCGGAUCCGCAGGAGAGGGCUAGAUGGACUUUGCAAGCCAAGACGAAACCGGCUCACUUUGACGUUGACUGGAGUGUCAAUGAAGACUCGAAACUCCUUCAGGGGAUUCAUCUGUAUGGGAUGGGUUCUUGGGAGCAAAUUAAAUUGGAUCCUUCUUUCGGGAUUUGUGAUAAGAUCCUAUUAAACGAAGACAAGAAACCACAAGCUAAGCAUUUACAAACUAGAGCUGAAUACCUCUUAAAAAUACUUAAGAAACAAUUGGACCAGAAAAAAGGUGUUCCUAAACCGAAAAGACAAAGAAAAGUAAAAGAGACCAAAGCACUGACUAAAGAAAUCAUUGAAGAGGAUAAUAUAAGUUCAAACGAAGAAACCUCUAGCAAAGCAUUAUCCUCACACUCAUCGCACAAUGUUACUUCCACUGUUCCUAAAAAAUCAAAAUCAAAAAAAGAGGAGGAAGUUGUCAAAGAAGAGGACAAUUCACUCCCGGACAAACCUGAGAAGGAAAAGAAAAAGAAGAAAGAGAAGAAGGAAAAGAAAUCUGCUGGUCCCAUGCACUUUACUGCUAAUAAUGAACCGAGGGCAUUGAAUGUUAUGGGUGAUCUUGAUCCAGCUACUUUCACAGAGUGUAAAGAAAAAAUGCGUCCGGUUAAGAAAGCACUUAAGGCUUUGGACAAUCCCGAUCAAUCUUUACCUGAAGCAGAACAGGUCAACAACACCAGGUUAUGCCUCCUUCAAAUAGGAGAACAAAUAAAUACCUGCUUGAAGGAAUUCAAGAAUGAUCCAGAAAAGGCUAAAGAAUGGAGAAGCAAUCUGUGGCACUUUGUAUCAAAAUUUACUGAGUACGAUUCUAAGAAAUUGUACAAAUUAUACAAAAAAGCUUGCCAGAAAUCGGAAAAAGAAGAUAAAGCAGAGUCAAAAUAUGAUGAAGCAAGCACUUCUACCUCUAGAGAAAGAUCAAAGUCUGAAAGUAGAGAAGAAAAAGAAUCUUACAAGAGAAAAAUGGACGAUGACAGUGACAAAGAAGAAAGAUCUAGUAAAAAACACCACAGUGAUAAGAAGGAAAAGAAAGAUAAGAAGAAAUCUAGAGAUACAGAUAGCGGGAGCAAGCACGAUGAGGACUCUUUGCGUUUUAGCAGAAAACCUAGUGGAUCUCCAUCUUCUGCAUCUAAAUCUGGUUAUAGACAUGAUCAGGAUAGAGCGAAUUAUCCUCCUGAUCAUGAACGUUGGAGCGGAGGUAGUGGAAGUGGACAAUCAAGAGAAGGACGAUUCUCUGGAGAUCAUAAGAGGGACAGAUUUGAUUACCAGAGGACGGGAUAUCAUAGGGAUAGGGAAUAUCGUGGUGAUAAGAGGUCAGGAGAGGAUUGGAGGCAGUAUCCUAGAGGUCGUGAAAGUAUGCCAUCUUACGGAACUCCUGGAAGACCUCCUAUGUAUCCUGCUCAUUAUCCGGGUGGUGGUUUUGGUCCUCCGAUGUAUCCCCCUGAACCUCAAUUUCCUAGGGAUAGUAGGUAUUCUCCAGGCGAAUGGAGGCCUUCGGAAAGGGACUAUCGUAGAGAAUACGACAGACGUCAACAAUAAGUGAAUGUACAAAGACUACAAGUUGAAUGUUUAUUGUUCGGGCAGAUCUGCUAAAAUUCUUUCAAACAUUCUCCUUGGUUUGAUUUGUUUUUCUUUGGGAGAAAGUUGUUGACCUUGUUCUUUGAGCCCUGAUGUUUUAUUGAAAUUUUGUUAUCAAUUUUCUCUUUGUUCAAUUUAAUUUCCAAAGUUUCUUUUAUUCCCUAUUAAUUCGGAAAUUGCGAACAUUUUUCGGCCUGAUGCCGACUGAAAAUUUUUCCCCUAUUCGAAGUGAUUUAUUUAUUAUUUAUAUCACACAUGUCGAAACAUCAAAUAUUUAUUUAUUGAAUUGAAUUGGAAAGCUGUGUAUUUGAAGCAUAGGCAGUUAUUAUCUGUGUGCGUCUCAACAGGCGCUAAUUCACUUGAUUUAUUGUCAUUAUCAAGUGGUAUUUACUUUCUCUUACCCCCUGUGCAUUUGAUUACCAAAAAGUUUUUUAAAUAAUAAAUAUAAUUAAUUUUAAAUAAAAACUAUAUUAACUCUUUGUGGUAUGAAGAUGUUAUUAUAGAAUUAUUUUAUUUGAAGACUGCAAAGAGUUAAGAGAGGCGGCUGUGUUUUGCCAACAUUGUUAGAAUGUGAAGGCCUAUCAUCAUUGUAAAUGACAACUUGCUGUAAAUAAUUAGAUGAAGAAUAUCUUUUGAUAAAA